CCGUAAAGCGCGUCGCACGCGACUGUGGCCUGGCGAACAGCCAGUUCUCCAAUCUAACUAAGUUAUGUAGAUAAACAGUCACUUCGUGCUUUGUCUAACUGGUUGCACCUACGAUACGAAACAUCGAACGAACGUUACUAAACGAACAACAAUUUAUUUCAUAAAAAAAACAUUACUUAAGUGCUACAAUUGUACCAUUGGAGACGGUCAGACAGAACCUUCUGAAGUGCCUAUACUCGAUGCAUACAUACAGGUAUAAUAAACCAGAUUUUAAGAUUUCUGUGUAUUGAAAGUUGUUUUUCAAUAAAAGUAUUUACCUAGUUUGAACUCUUUGAACUGUUGUUUUUCUGGCAGACAGAAAAUUACCUCAAGAACUUUUAUUCACUGCCUAGCCAGAUGUAGCAACGAUGCAGACAGCACGCGAGUCGAGCCGACCAAAGCGGUGCAACAAAAGAAGGCAUUCAAGAAAGAAAUCCCUGUCUCCAUCAGAUCUGAAGUGUGCUCGCGGUGACACGAAAACGGAUACAAAAUUGAACGGCAAACGUUCGCUAUCAGAGGGGUCGGUGAAAGUGAAGCAUAGGAAAAGCAACAUACGUCGAACUUUGACCCAUCCGAUCACGUGUUCGGAUGAUAUUCACGAUGUUACCAUGAUCGGCGCGUUCAAUAAACACGUCAAAGUGGAACCGCCGCCAGAGAGCGACGAAUCUCACCUUCCUCCGACCAGCAGCGACAGGGACACGGAGGACGACAGUCGAAUCCAGAGACCCGUUCCGCAGAGGCCGAGAUGGGAUUCAGGAAGUGAAAUGGACUCUUUGGUAUCUACUGUUGUCAGGAGAGCAUCAGCCCGAAGACGCAGAACGCCGGCAAACCUGGAGUGGGGCGUCAACAGUGAAGCGGGCGAAGUGAGUGAGCCAGAGGCCGGUCGUAUGCGUCCUGAAGACUAUAGGCUCGUGUUUCUCAGCUCUGAUUCGUCGUGUCGCGAAGACACGGAAGAUUCGUCGUCGACGGCAUCUUCCGCAGCGCCGCCCGCGCCCGACGAUUGCGAUUGGGACUAUUUCGAACCGGGCGCGGCGGCGGCUCAAUCCACUCCACCUCCACCGAAGCAUACUCCUCAAGUCUGUCCGAGGCAGUGCUCCUGUGGUGCCGAGCCCCGCAUAGUUGCCGUGCCCGUGCCUGUUCCUGUGCCAGUACCCGCUGCACUCUGGCCCGCAUUACUAGCGUUUCCAACACAGGCUCCUCCCACGCCACACUGGAGCACAUACCCCGGCUUCCCGCCUCUAGAUGCCGCUGCGCUUGCGCGUCUCACUACAGCAGCUGCGGUCGCUGUCACCGCCGCCGCCUCCGCCUCCGCCACUGCUACCGCCUCCGCUUCUCUUCAAAAUAAUAAAAUCGAAAUGACCACCGUUGAAAGAACCGAUAAAGCAAUACAAUCUGAAACGUCACAAUUAUCAGAGGCUCUCGAUAGCGAUAACAUCGAUAAUGCUAUUGAACUGCGAAUCGAGAAUGAAAAUUCAGUUGGUAUUAAGGUAAUCGCGGAAGAAGACCGCUUGUCCGUUGUGUCGGAACAAGGUGAAAGUAUGCCUGAACACCUGGAAGCGGAGAAAGCUUUUCCAUCAUCGAAUGAUUCUGGAGAUUCUAGUGAUUCAGACGCCGGUGUAGCUCGACGCAGCUAUGACUUGACUAGUGGAGCACCCGAAGAACCGGCGACAACAGAUGAGGAUUCAGACGAUUCGGGAGGUGGAGGAGGCCGGUUUUCGCGAGUGUUUGUUGUGAACCCAGCAGAUUCUUCCUCAGAUCUAGAAGAUAACGCAGAUAGUAGUGGAAUUGACUGCGACGAUUCAUAUGACAAGAAAUCCGACAGCUUGGAAAUUAUUGCCGAGGAAAUGAUUAUGCAGAAUGAAAUUAUUAACUUACAGCCAAACGACAACCGACAACAAGGCAAUGAAAUUGUUCUGCUGGAUUCUGUUAAUUUUAGUGAAGAAUACCCUGUGAUCAUAUAUGAGAAUGUCUAUGAAUCAGAUGACAGCAACAAGGCGAACAAGUCAAAUAUUGCAAAAUUUUGUGACGAAAAUAUGCUUCGGAGUGAGACAUGUGAAGAAUUUAAUAGUUUUAAUGUGGCAUGUAGUUCAAGUAGUGAUAAUGUAGAUAAUGUCAAUGACGUAGAUAAUAAUAUUAAUCGAUACCAGAAUAGUAUAUCAAAUGAUAUUGAGUGCGACUCCUUGUCCAAUAGUUUUUACUCCGAUACGAGUGACAUGAAAGUGAAGGUUAGCGUCGAAUUACUUGAUGAUAGUUAUAAUAACAAAGACAAACUAGGGACCACCGAAAUUCCACCGGCACCUAUGUGUAACUUAGUACCUUCUCCAAAAACUGACCACGAAGAAUCAUGUUCGACCGCAGAAAAAAUAGACCUGUUCAAAGGUAUCGAACGCACUCUGAGUGAACUGUUGAAGAAAGAAUUAAUGCAGGAACAAGAAGCGGAGAAAAUACACGCUUGCAGGCCGGUUUGUUCGGAAACGGUGGGGGGCGCGUGCACACCUGCCGCGACAACAGUUUGCCGCUCGCGUACGCCUUGUGCGGACGGUUCCGCGCGCUUCACUAGCCGCGUUAUGAUAACGCACGAUCGCGUCUCCGUUGUCACGUCAGACACGACGCAGCUCAUGCGAGAUAUAACAGUGCAACACACUAACUCUCAGAACGAGACAGAACCUGACACAGGGGCACAGCAAAACGAAAAUGACGAACGAAAUUCGGACGACGAAACGCCACAGCCUUCGGGUGGAGUGACUGUCGUUAGUAAUGCCGACACUCUCUCGGCUGUCGUGUGCCUCGAAGAGGGGCUCGCUGACGACGACUCGUGGGUCGAGGACGUCAGCCAUGACGAUGACGAGGCCACCACAACUUCUGACACCGAUUCAGGCGACGAGGCCUCCCUGCCCUCGCGAGGAGAUGAUUUUUCGUAUUGUAGGCGUUCCUUAGAUUUUACGUUGCAUACCAUAGUUGAAGAAAGUUGUGAAGAAAGCGAAACUGAGCACACCACAAAGAAACCGCGACCUUUGUCCGCAACUGAGCUAGAAAAAUAUUUUUUUUUCGGCCUAGGAGACGGACGAAUUGUUCGCGAGGAUGAAGAAGCAGUGUCAGAAACGUCCAGUGUGUGUAGUGAAGGAGGUGAAUCGAUUAUUGACAGUGAGCAACCUAAACGAAACAGUGACAGUGAUGACUUGGUGUCAUCGCGCUUGGAAAAAUAUUUCUUAUCUGGAUUUAUGGGUUUCAAUCAAGAGAGACGAGACUCGGACGGUUCCGGGAGUGUAGGAAGCGACAGUGAAGGCAGACAGAGUCCGGAGCAAAGGAGGAAACGCCUUGUUCGGGCUCGCGGUACUCCUCGUUCGCAUUCUUCUUCCCUGGAUAACUUAUUAACUGGCGAAGAACAGACACAAGAUGGCCAAGAAGUAUCAGAUGCGUCCAGCACAGAAACUGAAGACAGACAUGACUCAUCUGAUCGAUUAGACAUGCAAGGUGAAUGCAAGAGAAAAAAGCAAGCGAAAAAAACGCGCGGUUCCCCAGCUGACGAGCGCCGACAGUCCGCAGAGUUCACUGAAGAAACACGUGAUGAUACUCGAUCCGUUUCAGAGGGUGAAGACAGUAAUUCAGUACCACGACCGGAAUUCCCACCGCUCGGUUCCGAACUAUCCGAAUCUAAAAAACAGGCGAGCAGAGACAGCGGCUUUGUUGGCAGCUGUGACGAUCUUCUACGAAACAGCGACAACAGUUCGGAUUUCAGAUCUCACGAACUUAAAACGGAAUUGGAAGAAAUCGUAGAAGAAAUUAGGCCGGACUUAGAUGAGCGGUUAGAAAGCUCCUCGACAUCACGUCCACCGCAAAGCCAACUCACGAGAAAAGAUAGUUUUAAUAAUUGGUCAUCGGAUGAGGAGACAAAUCUCAUGAUGACAAAGAUGCGGCAAUUCUUCAAGCAAAUGAUACACACAGGGAACGUGCGCACGUCCACUCCGGCUUCAACAAAUUCAGAGAGUUCGCGUCCACCGAAACCGCCACAACUAUUGUAUUUUGAAAGCGAAUUAACGAGAUUAAUGAAAACAGUUCCGGGUAUACGCGACGAAGAAGUGCGCGAAAUCGUCGAAUAUUUAUCAAGCGAAGACACGUGGAGUGACUCAUACGAUUCUUCAGACUAUGCGGGCUCCGAUAUGGAGGGCACGGCGGCCAAUAGGACAGAACUCAGGAAACAAAUAUCCGAGAGCUGUCGAGAGAUAAUCGACGAAUUUGACAGAGGUAACGGCGACGCGAGGUCACUGGAGCGCGAUGCGGCCGGUGCGUAUCGAAAACUGGCGGCAACUUUGGGACGCGCCGGAGAAGGCUCGCCUCCCUUAUUUGGGAAAGUCAUGAGACAUAUCGGAGGGAGACUAGUGGCGUUGAUGCAUGAAGUAUCGGGUGGUGCAUCGCCGAGCACAGAUGACGACAGCGCGUCUGAACCGGGAGCGUUAGCGCGGAGUAAAUCUCACGACAUUUUGGAAGCGACAGCAAGUCGGGGUAGUGUGGCUAGUGAUUGUGAACGGUUUUCGUGGCGUGGUAGUUUCGAAUCGGCGCUCCUGGCGGCCGACUCGCGCGGCACUCUGGGCGGUGCGGGAUGUGAAGCUCGCAGAUCACCCGCAGCCUUGGAUCUGGCUGCGCAGAAGUCGCACUCUCGCAGUUGUGGAGCUAUUAGUGGCAGUGAAGACAGACUUUGGCGUGGACGGAGAAGAGCGUCGGCUCCUGAUGCGGAGUCGGAGGAGGAACAGCGUUCGGGAUCAUUACCGCGGUUACCGUCUGUGACGGGUACGACCGCGACUCCGGUCGGGCCGGUCAAGUCCGCCCGGUACAGAGCACCGGGUUUCCGUACAGCGACACGUGCUGCGUCCGCGCCAGGUCUGCACGUGCCGAGGCGAAGAAGGCCACCGCCCACCCCACAGCAGCCGCCACCGGCCGCGCCGGCGUCUGCACCUAGUUUACAGGAUGAAGUGUAUACUUCAGAAACGUUAUUACCUGGCCAUGCAACGCUUCCUCGCCGAUCUAAUUCACCCUUGCCGAAUGAAAGAGACACGCUGGAAAGAGAUCGGUUCCCAGUCAACAGAAGUGGACUACAGGCACGCUCGGAGUCCAUGGCGUCAGUGUACUCUGGUGCGGGCGAGGGGACGAGGUGUAACGUGACCGUGCGCGGGGAAGUUCAGUUCUCGCUGCUGUACAACUACAGAUUGGGCGCUCUUGAAGUCGGAGUCAAGAGGUGUCGGGACCUCGCUCCGAUCGACGCCAAGAGGAACCGCUCUGAUCCAUACGUCAAGGUUUACCUGUUGCCCGACAAAUCGAAAGCCGGCAAACGCAAAACGAAAGUGAAGAAGAACACCCUGAACCCCGUUUUCGAGGAGACGCUUAGCUUCGCGCAGACGCUGGCCUCGCUGUCCUCGCGGACACUGUGGCUGAGCGUGUGGCACGCGGACAUGUUCGGGCGGAACGACUUCCUCGGCGAGGUCUCGCUGCCGCUGGCCGACGUCGUUUUCGACGACCCCGCGCCCACGUGGUACAAGCUGCACGAGAGGACGGAACAUUUCGAUGAACAGCAAGGAACCCGAGGCGACCUCAUCGUAGGCCUCAAGUUCGAGUUGCACGAGACGGGCGCGAUGCGCGGCAAGGGCACGCUGCACGUCCUCGUCAAGGAAGCCAAGAAUCUCGUUGCCACCAAGCCGAACGGACUAGCAGAUGUCUUCUGUAAAAGCUACCUGCUGCCGGAACGAGGCCGUCUUGCUAAACAGAAGACGAGCGUGGCAAGACGCACCCUCAGCCCGCGCUGGGAGCACACGUUCACGUACCGCGGCCUCAAGCCGCAAGACCUCGCCGCCCGGGCGCUCGAACUCAGCCUCUGGGACCGGGACCGCCUCGCCUCCAACGACUUCAUGGGAGCGGUGCGACUCUCGCUCGGCACAGGAACAUACAUGGGUGCCCACGUCAACUGGAUGGAUAGUGCGGGCAAAGAAGUUUCACUCUGGCAGACAAUGAUGGAACGUCCGAACUUCUGGGUCGAGGGAUCCUUACCUUUAAGGCCCCAAUUAAUCAAUUGACUGCAACCAAUGCAAACAUACUUUUCAUAGACAUUUUUUCCUCUUUAAUACAGUAUUUAAUUGACAAACAUAGCCGAUUUUUUAUAUUCUGUAAAAAGAAAAUGGCUUAAAUUUUGGCAUCCUUCCUUACUUCUACAAAAUUUAUAAAUACUCUUUGAAACUUCUACUCUUCCAAGGUUUUUUCAAGUAUAGUAUUCGAAUAAGUGCCAAUACUAUUUAUUAACCUACUUAUUUAACAUAAGAUAAAAAUAGACAUAAAAACUAAUUCUUGUAUAUUUUUUCUUCUCUUAAACCAUUCUGAUGCUCCAGCAAUACUAAAGUAUAAGCAAAAUCGGAUGGUUUUGACUUUCUAUACAUUCCAACUUGUGAUUAUAAUUCAUAAAUUAUAGCUUUAAGUGUUAAUAAUGACAAUAAAUGUUCCACUUGAAAACUGCCUGUAAGUGGCUAGAUAAGUUUUGCAUUUAAAUUUAGAUUUUAAUGUACAAAUUAAGUUAACACAAGUGUUUAAGGGUACUAGCUCCUCUAUUGAAUGUGAUUUAAGUGUAUAUUUCUUUAUUAAAAUUGUAUAACACUAAAAUAAUUGAGAUUAAAGUCGUAGAUUUGAAAUUAAAGAGACGUCCAUAGUUUUUAAAACUACUUAAGAUCUUACUUAAUGUUUAAGGUACCGGCUUACACAAUGUAACCAAUUUAUAUAAAUAUUAUACUUUGUAUUGUGAAACGAAACGAAAAUAAAUAUUUUGUAUAACAUAA